AUGGUAGCCACAUGCACAAAUGAGUUGGAGCCAGAAAAUGUUUCCAGUUAUGAUAGGAAAAGUGAACUCAAGGCAUUUGAUGAUUCAAAGGUUGGUGUCCAAGGACUUCUAGAAAAUGGUGUAACACAAGUUCCACGCAUAUUCUACUGUGGAGAGUCUAAUCUCAGGGAUGGCUUAAACAAUGAAUCAAGUUCAAAGAUUAGCAUCCCCAUCAUUGAUCUCACAGGCAUCCAUGAUGAUCCAAUUUUGAGAAAUGAUGUUGUGGGAAAAGUUAGAAAUGCAAGUGAGGAGUGGGGGUUCUUUCAGGUUACAAAUCAUGGAAUUCCAACUCAUGUUUUGGAUGAGAUGAUCAAAGGAACUUGCAGGUUUCACCAACAAGAUGCAAAUGUGAGGAAACAGUACUAUACCCGUGAUGUCAGCAAGAAAGUAGUUUAUGUUUCCAAUUAUACUCUUUAUCAAGACCCAUCUACUGAUUGGAGGGAUACACUUGGUUUUAUCUGGACCCAUAAUCCACCCAAACCUGAAGAUUUGCCUGAAGUUUGUAGAGAUAUUGUGAUUGAAUACACAACAAAAAUAAUGGCGCUUGCUUCUAUUUUGUUUGAACUAUUGUCAGAGGCUCUUGGCCUUGAUCGCUUUCACCUUAAAGAAAUGGGUUGUGCUGAAGGGCUUCUUCUUUUAUGUCACUCUUACCCACCCUGCCCUGAGCCAGAAUUGACUAUAGGCACUAACAAGCACUCAGAUAGUGACUUCAUGACCAUACUUUUGCAAGACCAAACGGGUGGCCUUCAAGUGCUACAUGACAAUCAAUGGAUAGAUGUACAUCCCACGCAUGGAUCUCUUGUGGUAAAUAUUGGGGAUCUUCUGCAGCUUGUGACUAAUGACAGGUUCAUUAGUGUUGAGCACAGAGUGUUAGCACAGCAUAUAGGCCCAAGAAUAUCAAUUGCAUCUUUUCUUAGAACAGAUGACCAAUCAUCACAGGGUAUUCCAAAAGUCUUGGGUCCAAUCAAGGAACUGUUAUCCGAAGACAAUCCACCAAUAUAUAGAGAAACUUCUUUAAAAGAAUACUUGGCAUAUCGUUAUGCAAAUGGCAUUGGAGGUUCCUCACUCUUGCCCUUCAAGUUGUGA